AUGUAUCGAUCGCUCACCACUCAGCCCAACAUGCAUCCAUUGGAUUCGCCUGAAUUGCCUAAAAUGCAUCUAGAGCCUCCGGUGUACAAAGGGAAAUCCUACGACCACAUCUCGAACCUACGAAAGCAGUAUCUCACACCGAAUGUGACCUCCUAUUAUAAGAAACCCCUUCUGAUCCACAAGGGUAACAUGCAAUGGCUUUUUGAUCAUGAAGGCAAACGCUACCUGGAUAUGUUUGGCGGCAUUGUAACCGUUUCCGUUGGUCACUGUCAUCCGAAGGUAAAUGCUGCCCUAGAAGACCAAUUAAGAACACUCUGGCAUACAACCAAUAUCUACAUGCAUCCGAAGAUACACGAGUAUGCGGAAAAGUUAGUAGCCAGGCUUCCACGAGAUUUAAAAAAUGUAUAUUUCGUGAACUCCGGUUCAGAAGCAAAUGAUCUGGCCAUGAUGAUGGCCCGACUGUACACUGGUAACAACGAUAUCAUUAGUUUUCGCAACGCUUAUCAUGGUGCUUCACCGUACACCAUGGGUCUAACGGCCCACUCGACCUGGCGCUAUCCACUCCCCGGCGUUAAUAGCGGCAUCCAUCAUGCUAUGAACCCGGAUCCGUACACAGGGAUCUGGGGAGGACAACACUGUCGUGAUUCGCCCGUGCAGACCACACGCAAUUGCGACUGCUUGGAGAGUGAUGGGAAGUGUAAGGCAUCGGUCAUGUAUUACGAUCAACUAGAGCAGAUCUUUAAAUAUUCGGUACCUCGAGGAAAAGUUGCUGCCAUGUUUGCUGAGUCAAUCCAAGGCGUAGGAGGAUCAGUCCAGUACCCGCAGGGAUAUAUUAAACGGGCUGCGGAACUAGUUCGCGCAAAUGGUGGCCUGUUUGUUGCAGACGAAGUGCAAACUGGAUUUGGUCGCACGGGGGAGCACUUUUGGGGCUUCGAAGGACAUGAUGUGGUACCAGAUAUAGUAACAAUGGCGAAGGGUAUUGGAAAUGGAUUCCCGAUGGGAGCGGUCAUUACUUCACGUAAGGUGGCUGAAGUACUCUCGCAAGCAUUGCACUUCAACACGUAUGGAGGAAAUCCCCUGGCAAGUGCCGUUGGAAUGGCCGUCCUUGAUGUUAUCGACGAAGAAGGAUUGCAGAAAAACUCACUUGAAAUUGGCACUUACAUGCUCAAGGGAUUAGAGAGACUUCGCGACAAACACGACGUCAUUGGAGACGUCCGAGGAAAGGGUUUAAUGAUCGGCGUGGAGUUGGUUGCUGAUAAAGAAAGUCGGCAGCAUCUGAGUGCUCCGCAUUUUGUCGAUAUCUGGGAAAUGUGCAAGGACAUGGGAGUACUGUUCGGACGUGGUGGUCUCAAUGCUAACGUGCUACGUAUAAAGCCCCCCAUGUGCAUCAACCGAACCGAUGCUGACUAUGCUCUGGCCGUCAUUGAUUACUGCUGCGAGCAACAUAUGAAGAAGCGCAAACGUGGCUGCCGGCGUGCCUAAAAUUCGUUUUAAACUUUAUAACACAACGACUGAUGCCAACUGUGUUCGACUGUGAUUUGCAAUAUUCCACCCCAGACUUUUUUAUGUAAGGAUAUUUUGUGACAAUUCAGUUUAAGAUUUCCUUAGCACUACAACGUUUCAAGACAUUCCAUGUUGAAUUUUGUGAUAAUCUAAAAUGAAACUGUGGAUAUAAAUAAAUAAAUCUAUCUUUAUAAUUUAACCAGUUUUCGGAUAAUACUGCCCAGUUGCUAUGGGAUAUACUAGUGAGAUUGAAUAAUAUUUAGGGGUAUUUCUAUUUCCAUUUCAGUGGUCGGUUCCACGUUUGGUUUUCGUGUUUUGUUCACACAUUUCGAGGGUUAUUCGAUUUGGUUUAUCUAUUUGACAUACUGCAUCUAAAC